AAGAAGUCUCCCUCGGUCCCUUGGCCUCCUGCCACUGCCGGGUGGUCCGGAGCCUGGGUGCAUGGAGCGGGGCCCUGCUAGAGCCCCAGCGCAGCGUCUUGGAAGCCUACGAGCAGGUCAUCUCCAACGCCGAGCACUACCUGUACUUCGAGAACCCCACCUUUAUCAGCGGGGUCCAGGGCACCGCGGAUGUGAGCAACCGGCUGGCGGAGGCCCUCUUGAACCGCAUUGUCCGAGCGCACGACAGCCAAGAGACCUUUCGUGUCGUCUUCCUCCUCCCCCUCCUCCCUGUGUACGAAGGAGGCUUGCACGGCGCCACCCCGCCCAUGCUGACCUCCGCCCUAUACCAGCAGCUAACCUCCGUCAACACGCUCUGGCGCCGUCUCCAGGACAUGGUGCCCCGUCCCGACGAAUUCUUGCAAUUCUUCGGCCUUCGUUCCUACACACGCUUGAAUGGGGAUCCUGGGAAGGGUCUGGCUCCCCACUUGGUGUCCGAACAGAUCUUCGUCAACAGCAGAUUGCUCGUGGCAGACGACCGGUACGUGGUGCUUGGCUCGGCCGC